ACCUUGUCACAUCUAUUCAAUAUAUUAAUUACAGCAUGUAUUGCAGUGAUGAAACUGGAGGAAUCGUGGUGGACAUAGGUAGUUCAUCCAUCAAAAUGGGAUAUGGAGGAGAAGAUGCCCCGAAAGCUGUGUACCCCUCAUCUUACGGUUACAAUAUUCAAGAUCCGUCUGCAUUCUAUUUAGGCACACUCGAUCUCAACACUCGUCGGGAUCAGAUGGAUAUUAGUCCCUGCCUUGUGGACGGAAAGAUAACAAACUUUGAUGCUUUAGAAAAGCUUCUCCAAUACGGAGUGAGUUCCGGCCUUCACUACAACGCAUCGGAGCACCCGCUCUUCAUCGUGGUGGACCCCUUCUUCUACAACGAGCAGCUCUUCAAACUCGCAGAGCUCGCCUUCGAAAAACUCGGUUUCCCCGCGAUCUACUUCAUGAAAUCCUCCUCCUGCAUCGGCUUCUCCCUCGGCAAGACGACCUGUCUCUCCGUGGACUUCGGCGCCAGCGGAAUCCGCGUGGUUCCCGUCUUCGACGGCUACUCCCUGAUGAUGUCGAGCGUCGUGUCUCCCUACGGCGGCAACUACCUCAACCAGCUGCUCAGCGAGAAGCUGAAAUCGAAGGAGAUCCAGGUGACGGCGCCGUGCUUCAUCAAGAAACAAACCGUCGAAGGCGUGGUCGCCAACAUCCAGAAGAUCCAAUUCCCCAACACGCGGCCGUCUUUCGUUACUUAUUCGCAGAUGAACAUCAUCCGGGAUAUGAAGGAAUGCUGCUUCCGCCUCGCUCCCAAACCGCUCUCGCAGGCACCGCCGCCGUCGACGCCGAUUUCGUACACGCUGCCUGAUAACAUGGAGGUGCAUUUGGACCAGGAUUCGUAUUAUAUCCCCGAGGUGAUGAUGGUGGGGACGGGGACGGUGCGGGAGAAAACGCAGCCGUUGCCGGACACGAUGUUUCAGUGCGUGCAGAAGUGCGAUGUGGACAUUCGAAAGGAGCUCACGAAUAAUGUGGUGCUGGCAGGCGGCGGUGCGUGCAUGAAAGGGCUGUCGGAUCGACUGAAUUACGAGCUAGGGAAGCUGUUUAAUAGUGUGAGGAGAGGGAGAGGGCUGUAUCUCACGGAGCCGAUUUAUAGUCCGUUCAAUGCGUGGACGGGCGGAUCGAUCAUCUGCUCGUUGGGCUCCUUCCAGCAGCUGUGGAUCUCGAAGAGUGAGUAUCAUGAGAAGGGGAAUGAAAUCGUUCUGAAUCGUUGUUGA